AUGAACUCCCGCACGCCAUCCCGCUCAGGGCCGAAGAGAAGCCAGAGAAGCCAGAGAGAAAAGCGUAGUAGUAAUGGAGUUGUCAAGGAUCAGAAGAGGGAGCCAAAGAGGGAUGUGGAGGCUAUGGAGAAGGGGCUUGCCGAUCAUCUCAACAGCAUGAUGAUGGAGGGGAUACGGAGGACGAUGAGGGUGACAAGGACGAUGAGGGUGACAAGGACGGAGGGUGACAAGGACGAGGAGGGUGACAAGGACGAGGAGGGUGACAAGGACGAGGAGGGUGACGAGGACGAGGGGGAUAACAAGGACGAAGAUGAAGACGCCUAUCACCCAAGCGGCGGUGAGGAUAAGGAUGCAAUUACUCGAAAGAGGAAGAGGGACGAUGGAGACGACGGCGAAAGCAGCUCGGAACAAGAAAUCGAAGAGCCUACCCCAGCCCAGACCGACAACGCCUCUACGAGUAUUAAUGCACCACUGACGACAAGAGUCUCGACGACAAUUAGCCCACCGCCGACAACGAGUACCCCUACGUUUGUUAAUGCACCACCGGCGAAGAGUGUUCCUAGGGUUAUUACUGAACCGCCGACGGAGAGUGUCUCUACUGUGGUUAGCCCAGCACCAGCACCGACAACACCCUCUCCUCCAACAGGCCAUAUCCCGCCCCCCGGCCCUUCCAAGUCAGCCCAAAGCAGCAGCAUCUCCACGGUUACCAGCCCGCUACCAGCAACGAGUAUGCCAGUCACUGUUGACAUACCACCGGCAGCGAGUGUCCCUACGAUUGUUAAAGCACCACCGGCAACGGGUGUCAGUGUUCCCACGGCUGUUAAAGCACCUCCGACGGCAAGUGUCGCUGUCCCCGUGGCUGUUAAAGCUCCAUCGAUAGCGAGUGUCAGUAUCCCUGCAGUUGUUCAAGCACCGCCGACAACGAUACCGCCUACAACGAGACCACCGACAACGAGACCACCACUGACGACGAGGCCACCGCCAACAAUCUCUCCCCCCACGCGCUUGACCCGCCCUCCCAUUCCUCCCCGUCCUCCUCCUCCUCAAAUCCUCGUCCAUUUCAUGCGACACACCAAGGCAGUCCAAAGCUACGACAUCAACCACCGCACGAUCCAAUUUCCCGACCCCCCGCUAUCCACUCUCGGACACAAGCAAGCCGCCGCAAUCCGUAGCCACUUCGCCCGCGUCGGAGUAACCCAUAUCCUCACCUCCCCCCUAAAGCGCACGGUCGAGACCGCUCUACGAAUCUUCUUCCCCCUCCCCCCCAACUCUCCGAAAAUACAAGUCCAGAUCGUCCCCGCGCUGCGCCCGGUCCCACCGCCGACCCAGUUCAACAUCCCCUCGCACCCUAGGGAACUGCGUGCCAUGUUUUCAACAGGGUAUCAUGCGCAGCAUCGCGAUGCGGUGGAUUGGUCGGGGUUGCCGGCGUAUCCGAAUCAUAGGCCGACGCUGCCGUAUCAUGCGAGGACACCGGCGAUGAAGCGGAUGUUGGAGGUGUUAUGUGCGGAUGCGGCGAGGGAGGGGAGGGGGCUGAAGGUGGUGGUUGUGGGGCAUGGGUCGUCGCUGAAGGAGCUGUUUGAGGUGAUGAGGUUGGAUAGGCUGCAUAGUACGGAGUCGUGGAGGACGUUUAGGUUUGGGGAGAGGGCGGGGUGGACGUUGGAGGAGGUUAGGAAGAGGAGUUCGAUGUAGGGCUGGAGCUGGCGAUGGUGGUAUAUUUUGUCAUUUAUAGGGGUAUUUGCGUUUAGAUAUGGAGUGUAGACUGUGAUUGAUGUCCAUCUAUUCAGAGCUAUGAGUACUCUCUUCGAAGUGGGUGCCUGUCGGGGCUGAAGCUAUAUUCAAUGCCUGGUGUUUCAGUGCAAAAUCUAAAUAAUCGGGCUGCUCAAAUAUCUUCAGGGUCCCCGAUAUAACACCAUCUUUCAGCAAUGAUGCCGUCUUAUCAGCUA